UACCAAGAGAGGACACGUCUGCCUGAGUCAGGGCAUCAAACAUGAAGAAAUCAAAUGAUUUAGCAGCACAAGGUGCAGAUAAUGAAGACACAGAAAAUGGUUUCGAUUUGCCACCUGGAAAGACACUGUGAUGAUGGUAGUUGGGAGUUUGUGUGCCCUCAUACACGGUGCAGCUUUACCUCUCAUGCUACUGGUGUAUAGUGAGAUGACGAACACGUUUGUGGCUUAUGAGUUAGAGAUUCAAGAACUCAAGGACCCAGACAAGGAAUGCAACAACAACACCAUCUACUGGAGAAAUGGCUCUAUAUAUGAAACAGCUGCAAACAACACUGUAUACUGCGGGGUGGAUAUUGAAGCAGAGAUGACCACAUUUGCAUAUUACUAUAUUGGAAUUGGAUUAGGAGUUCUAUUUGUUAGUUUUUUUCAAAUUGACUUCUGGGUGUCAACAGCUGCAAGGCAGGUUCAGAGGAUACGAAAGACUUAUUUCAGAAAAAUUAUGCAAAUGGAGAUCGGAUGGUUUGACUGCAACUCCACUGGUGAACUUAACACAAGGAUGUCAGAUGACAUUGACAAAAUCAACAACGCCAUUGGUGAUCAGGUAUCUUUCUUCAUUGAGAGGAUCUCCUCUUUUGUGUCUGGCUUCAUAGUUGGAUUCAUUGGAGGAUGGAAGCUGACUUUGGUGGUCAUAGCAGUGAGCCCUCUGAUUGGUCUAGGGGCUGGGCUGAUGGCUAUGGCUGUGGCCAGGCUGACGGGACAAGAGCUAAAGGCCUAUGCAAAGGCAGGGGCAGUGGCUGAUGAGGUCCUGUCAUCCAUCAGAACGGUAGCAGUGUUUGGUGGGGAACAAAAAGAAGCUGAGAGGUAUGACAGAAACCUUGUGGAAGCUCAGAACUGGGGAGUGAAAAAAGGUACCAUCAUAGGCAUUUUUCAAGGAUACCUGUGGUGCAUAAUAUUCCUCUGUUAUGCUUUGGCCUUUUGGUAUGGAUCUAAAUUGGUCCUCGACACCAAGGAACUGUCUCCAGGUGGUCUUAUUCAGGUAUUUUUUGGAGUUCUCAUUGGAGCUAUAAACCUGGGUCAGGCCUCACCCUGCUUGGAGGCCUUUGCUUCUGGUCGUGCUGCUGCAAAAGAUAUCUUUGACACAAUUGAUCGGGAACCCAAAAUUGAUUGUUUCUCAGAAGAGGGUUACAAAUUAGACAAAGUAAAAGGUGACAUUCAGUUCCAUAAUGUCACUUUCUACUACCCUUCUCGACCUGAAGUCAAGAUUUUAAAUGACCUCAGCAUGCAAAUCAAAGCAGGAGAAACCACUGCUUUUGUUGGACCAAGUGGAUCUGGAAAAAGCACCACAAUCCAGCUCAUCCAGAGGCUUUAUGACCCAAAAGAGGGAAUGGUGACUUUGGAUGGCCAUGACAUCCGUACUUUAAACAUCCAGUGGCUCCGCUCUCUCAUUGGUAUUGUAGAACAGGAGCCUGUUCUGUUUGCUACAACCAUUGCAGAAAACAUUCGCUUUGGUCGACCUGGAGUCACCAUGGAAGACAUUAUCCAGGCAACAAAAGAAGCCAACGCCUAUAAUUUUAUUAUGGAUCUGCCACAGAAAUUUGAUACUCUGGUGGGAGAGGGUGGAGGUCAGAUGAGUGGAGGACAGAAACAGAGGAUUGCUAUUGCUCGUGCUCUUAUCCGAAACCCCAAAAUCCUGCUGCUGGACAUGGCCACAUCUGCAUUAGACAAUGAGAGUGAAGCUGUUGUCCAGGAAGCACUGGAUAAGGUGCGCACAGGCAGGACAACAAUAUCAAUAGCUCAUCGUCUUUCAACAAUUAGAAAUGCAGAUGUCAUCAUUGGUUUUGAGCACGGACAGGCCGUGGAGAAGGGCUCACACACAGAGCUGCUAGAAAGACAAGGCGUCUAUUUCACUCUGGUCACCCUGCAAAACCAAGGCACAUCCAACACAGCUAAUGAUGAAGCCACUGAAGCUUGUGAAGAGGACUUCAAUGUGAAUGUGGGGAAUUUUAGCCAUGGAAGCCACAGGAGCUCUGCUCGACUACGAUCCGAGAGCAAAUUGUCAAAUAAUUUUUUCCUUGAUGCGUUACAAGAUAGCAUCACAAUCCCUUUGGACAAGGAGCUCACACCAGAAAAUAAAUGUGGAGAUGAUGAAGAUGUUGAACCUGCCCCAGUAGCACGUAUCCUUAAGUACAACCAACCCGAGUGGCCCUACAUGCUGCUGGGCUCACUGGGAGCUGCUAUCAAUGGAUCUGUCAAUCCUAUCUAUGCUCUCCUGUUCAGCCAAAUUCUAGGGACUUUUGCCAUUGAUGAUUUGGACAACCAAAGGGAUCAGAUCAACGGGAUAUGUGUUCUGUUUUGCAUAGUGGCUGUCACUAGUUUCAUUUCCCAGUUUUUACAGGGAUAUGCUUUUGCUAUGUCUGGAGAGCUGCUGACCCGCCGUUUGAGGAAAGUGGGCUUCCAGGCAAUGCUGAAGCAGGAGAUUGGCUGGUUUGAUGACCCCAGCAACAGCCCAGGAGCUCUGACCACCAGGCUGGCCACUGAUGCUUCCAUGAUCCGGGGAGCAACCGGUUCACAGAUUGGCAUGGUUGUUAACUCGCUGACCAACAUCGGAGCCUCUUUCAUCAUUGCCUUCUACUUCAGUUGGAAGUUAACUUUGGUAAUCAUGUGUUUCUUGCCACUCAUUGGGCUGUCUGGGGUAUUUCAAGCCAAAAUGCUGACAGGUUUUGCAAAUGAAGAUAAAAAAUCCAUGGAAGCAGCAGGUCAGGUAUCCAGUGAGGCUCUUACCAAUAUCAGGACAAUUGCAGGCUUGGCCAAAGAGAGUUCAUUUGUGGAAUCAUAUGAGCAAAAACUUGAACUUCCAUAUAAAUAUGGCAAGAAGAGAGCCAAAAUCUAUGGCCUAUGUUUUGGCUUUGCGCAGUGUGUCAUCUUCAUGGCAUAUGCUGCUUCAUUUAGAUAUGGAGGACACCUGGUUAGCUCUGAGGGGUUACAUUACAUGUUCGUUUUCAGAGUGAUUUCAGCUAUAGUAACCAGUGGGACAGCACUGGGCAAAGCUUCCUCCUUCACUCCAGAUUACGCCAAAGCCAAGACUGCUGCUGCUCAGUUUUUCAAACUGUUAGACCGAGUUCCUAAAAUCAGCAUAAAUCCCAGCGAUGGAGAAAAAUGGGAUAAGUUCUGGGGUGAAAUUGAGUUUCUCAAUUGCAAGUUCACAUAUCCGACACGACCAGAUAUCCAGGUACUAAAAGGUCUGGUUGUGUCUGUGAAGCCUGGUCAGACUUUGGCCUUUGUUGGGAGUAGCGGCUGUGGGAAAAGCACCAGUGUUCAACUGUUGGAAAGGUUUUAUGACCCGGAUGAAGGCCAAGUGUUGAUUGAUGGUUACCCAACUCAUACAGUCAAUAUACCCUUUCUAAGAUCUCAUAUUGGCAUAGUUUCCCAGGAACCAGUGUUGUUUGACUGCAGUAUAGCUGAAAACAUACAGUAUGGAGAUAACACACGCAGCAUUAGCAUGGAGGAGAUUGUAGAGGCUGCUAAGAAAUCCUACCUUCAUGACUUUGUGAUGACUCUACCAGAUAAAUAUGAGACUCAGGUUGGUGCUCAAGGUGCCCAGCUGUCAAGAGGUCAAAAACAACGCAUUGCCAUUGCCCGGGCCAUUGUCAGGAACCCCAGAAUCCUGCUCCUAGAUGAGGCUACCUCCGCCCUGGACACCGAGAGUGAAAAGACUGUCCAGACUGCACUGGAUGAGGCAAGGAAAGGACGAACCUGCAUCGUCAUUGCUCAUCGGCUGUCUACUAUCCAGACUGCUGAUGUCAUCGCAGUGAUGUCUCAUGGAGCUGUCAUAGAACAAGGCACACAUGAUGAACUCAUGAGCAAGAAGGGAGCCUAUUACAAACUUUUCACAACUGGUGCUCCUAUCAGCUAGGCAACUGCAGCCACAUAUGGUGACCAUAUGAUGAAAAUUAUUUUUGUUUAGGCCUAAUUGUACAGUGGAAUUAAUGUAAUGUCAUGUUGUAGUAUCACAAUGAGAAAGUCUAAAGAAGUACUGAUAUUAGAUUUAUGCAGGGAUUUACAUAAACCAUAAGGACAGAUAUGGUGUAUAUAGUUUACAGAUAGCACAAAUUGUAUUCAUCUUCAGGUUUGAAGAAUCAGUUUUAAUAACUGUGUUUUAUUAUUAACUUUGGGGAUAAAACUAAUAAUAAAAUUAAA